GGGCCGUGGGCCUGGAAAGAGCGGUUCUGGUGAGAUUAGAAGGAUGUAGCCACCCAGUUGUCAUGAAAGGCCUGUGUGCUGAAUGUGGCCAAGACCUCACCCAGUUGCAGAGUAAGAACGGGAAGCAGCAGGUGCCGCUGUCCACGGCCACCGUGUCCAUGGUGCACAGCGUGCCGGAGUUGAUGGUGAGCUCCGAGCAAGCUGAACAGCUGGGAAGAGAAGACCAGCAGCGACUGCACCGAAACCGGAAACUUGUGCUCAUGGUGGAUUUGGACCAGACAUUAAUCCACACGACAGAGCAGCACUGCCAGCAGAUGUCGAAUAAAGGCAUCUUUCACUUCCAGCUGGGCCGGGGCGAGCCCAUGCUGCACACGCGCCUGCGUCCUCACUGCAAGGACUUCCUGGAGAAGAUCGCCAAGCUGUACGAGCUGCACGUCUUCACUUUUGGCAGCCGGCUAUAUGCGCACACCAUCGCAGGAUUUUUAGACCCCGAGAAGAAGCUUUUUUCUCAUCGAAUAUUAUCGAGGGAUGAAUGUAUCGACCCAUUUUCUAAAACAGGAAACCUUAGAAAUCUCUUUCCUUGUGGAGACUCAAUGGUUUGCAUUAUUGAUGACCGAGAAGAUGUCUGGAAGUUUGCCCCCAAUCUGAUAACUGUGAAGAAAUAUGUGUACUUCCAGGGCACGGGUGAUAUGAACGCACCCCCUGGGUCCCGGGAAUCUCAGACAAGAAGGAAAGUAAAUCAUUCUUCUCGAGGCACCGAGGUCUCAGAGCAAGCCGCGCCCGUAAGAGACCAUGAGAGGGGAACACAGGCCCCUGGAGUGGAGCCCAGCAACGGCCUCGAGACGCCAGCGCGGGAGCUGAACGGCAGCGAGGCUGCCGCCCCGCAGGACUCACCCCGCCCUGGGAAGCCAGAUGAGAAGGACGCCUGGCCCCCUGCCCAGGCCUCCUCUGGCAGCCAAGAGCUGGCAGGCGCUCCCGAGCCCCAGGGAUCCUGUACACAGGGUGGCCGGGCAGCACUGGGACAGCGGCCUGCCCAGGGUGCCAUGGGCACUGACCUGGACUUCGACCUAUCCAGUGACAGCGAGAGCAGCAGUGAGUCUGAAGGCACAAAGUCCUCCUCCUCUGCUUCUGACGGUGAAAGUGAGGGGAGGAGAGGCCGACAGAAGCUGAAGGCUGCCCCAGAGGGAGCCGAGGUGCUGGUGCAGGGCAGGCCCCUGGAGGCAAGCCGGCCUGCAGGGCCAAGUUCCCCUGGAGAGGCCGAGCCCAGCGCACAUGUCCCGGACAAGGGGCCUGAGCUGGGUGGGCAGGAGGAGGGUGAGCGGGAUAGCCUCUGCGGCCUGGGCAACGGCUGUGCCGACAGGAAGGAGGCGGAGACUGAGUCUCAGAACAGCGAGCUGUCGGGCGUCACAGCGGGCGAGUCCCUGGACCAGAGCAUGGAGGAGGAGGAGGAGGAGGACACGGAUGAGGAUGACCACCUCAUCUACCUGGAGGAGAUCCUGGUCCGUGUGCACACCGACUACUAUGCCAAGUACGACCGCUUCCUCAACAAGGAGAUCGAGGAGGCGCCGGACAUCCGCAAGAUCGUGCCGGAGCUCAAGAGCAAGGUGCUGGCGGACGUGGCCAUCAUUUUCAGUGGGCUGCACCCCACCAACUUCCCGAUAGAGAAGACACGGGAGCAUUACCACGCCACAGCGCUGGGAGCAAAGAUCCUCACUCGGCUGGUGCUGAGUCCCGAUGCCCCUGACAGGGCCACGCACCUGAUCGCCGCACGGGCUGGCACAGAGAAGGUGCUGCAGGCACAGGAGUGCGGGCACCUGCACGUGGUCAACCCUGACUGGCUGUGGAGCUGCCUGGAGCGCUGGGACAAGGUGGAGGAGCAGCUCUUCCCGCUCAGGGACGACCACAACAAGGCACAGAGGGAGAACAGCCCCGCGGCCUUUCCCGACCGGGAGGGUGUGCCCCCCACUGCCCUGUUCCACCCGAUGCCAGUUCUUCCCAAGGCCCAGCCUGGCCCCGAGGUUCGAAUCUAUGACUCCAACACGGGGAAGCUCAUCAGGACGGGUGCCCGGGGGCCCCCAGUGCCCCCCAGCUCCCUGCCCAUCCGCCAGGAGCCCUCCUCCUUCAGAGCGGUCCCGACACCUCAGCCGCAGAUGUUUGAUGAAGAGCUGCCUGAUGCUCAGGACGGAGAGCAGCCUGGCCCUUCUAGAAGAAAGCGACAACCCAGUAUGUCUGAGACAAUGCCGCUGUACACUCUUUGUAAGGAGGAUUUAGAGAGUAUGGACAAAGAGGUGGACGACAUCCUUGGAGAAGGCAGCGAUGACAGUGACAGCGAGAAGAGGAGGCCAGAGGAGCAGGAGGAGGAGCUCCAGCCCCGGAAGCCAGGGCCCCGUAGGGAGGGGACACUCAGGGCCUCUGCGUCCAGCGAGAGGAGCAUGACAGGUGGCCGGGGGCCCAGCAGCAGCUUCGAUUCAGCAGUGGUGGACACUUGGUUGCCUCCAUGUUGAAUCCAUGUCAUAUUACAUAUACACAUAGACGUGUCUGUGGUCUGCACAUGUGCACACAGGUGUGUAUGGGGUCUCCAUGUAUGCACACAGGCGUGUGUAUGGUCUCCAUGUAUGCACACAGGCAUGUUUGUAGUCUGUACGUGUGCACACAAGCGUGUGAGGUCUCCAUGUGUGCACACAGGCGUGUGUAUGGUCUCCAUGUAUGCACACAGGCAUGUUUGUGGUCUGUACGUUUGCACACAGGCAUGUGUGGGGUCUCCAUGUGUGCACACAGGUGUGUAUAUCGUCUCCAUGUGUGCGCACAGGCAUGUUUGUGGUCUUUACGUGUGCACGCAGGCGUGUGUGGGGGUCUACAUAUGUGCACACAGGCGUGUGAGGUCUCCAUGUGUGCGCACGUGCGGUCUGCACAUGUGCACACAGUUGUGUGAGGUCUGCAUGUGCGCUCACAGGUGAAAUGGAGUAGGAGCAGUGCCAGCCUCAGAGAGGCUGCCCCAGCUUCAGCGGGCGAGUGGGGCGUGCCCACGGUGGUACUCCAGGUGCACGUGCACUGUCUUUGGGUAAAAAAAAAAUGGUGGGACUGCUUUCUUUAUCUGCGGAAGCACUUCUCCCCAUCUGGUCUUACUCUCAGGCUAUUCUGUGGGUGAAUAAACAUUUCAAGAAAAGAGUGUAACUCAUUCAGGCAAUCCAGUUGUAAAAUUGGGCCAGAAAUUGCAGCAACAAAUGCAGACAGGACAGGAUAAUCAUUGUUCCAUUUGCAAGAAUUACUUAAAAUCACUUGGUUUGCAACUCUGGUUCAGCAGGGAAAUGUGUGCAGUUUCUCUCAAGACAGCCACCCUGUGUUUAUCGUGUAGGAAGCAGCAUUUCCCAGCUGUGUUGAGAUGACAUGAAAUUGUUUUGGGAGAAAUUUUGAAAUUCCAUAUUGGGCUUUGGUUUUUCCACAUGAAUUAUGGGGUGGUUCUGCCUGGCCGUGCAUUUCUUCACUUCUCAGUGUAGACCUAUUGGGCCUGUCUUGAAGCUCUGGGGUCAGGUCUGGGAAGGGCAGCACGUUGGGGGCCUCUGAGACGGUUCUCCUGCCCUCCCCUGAAGACCCUCUAGGCCAGGGUUGGGCUGAGCAGGCUCCAAGGAGUCUGCUGUGGCCAUGUUAGUAUCUGCAGAUUUGCAGCAUGCUCUGCGUGUGAACAUAUGUGGUUUUAACAUGAUAGUUUUUUUCUAAUUAAAAGAAGAAACCCAAAGUGUUUUCCUACUAAGACCAGUCAGGGUGUUGCUGGUUGACGUGGUGGUGUCCACGUUAUCCAGUACACGUGCUGUUGCUGUGUCUCCCCAUGUGGGCACCGUAAGGCACUCAGUGGGUCGGGGCCCAGACCUGUGGAAGACCUGGGGGCCAGGGCGGGAGUUAGCACCCCUGGGUCUUUUCUCUUUUAUUGCUAAAUGACCUGCCCACUGCAGAACUGGACUUCACUGGUGAAACAAUGCAGGUGAGAUGAGAGCUCCUCUGCUUGGUCGUGGCUUCAGUGCUGGUCUUCCAGCUGCAGGAGGCUGUCAGGGCUGGGCCUCUGCAUUCUGGCUCCUCGGGCAGGGACUGGGAUUGUCACUGUCAUCACUGUUUCUCUUUAUGUCUUAUGGACUCAGUGGACUUCGAAGAUUUUAGAAUUUGAUAUCAGAAGAAUAAAGCGUCCCAAGAGUCUGUUCUGAUCCCGCCACACAGCCUUCAUCCCUGCCACCGGGAUGGGUGGGACUCUGGGCGCCUAAUCCCUGCCUGUGCUGGACAGCCUUCGUGAAUUGCCAUAGCAGCCUGACUGCUGGGACGUGCAUGCCCCUGGAAGGGGUGGGACAGUGGGGUCGGUUUGUAUUCCUGUCAGCAGGGAGCCGGGUCUGCGCGGCGUCCUCUCAGCAGGGAGCGGGGUCCGCGCGGCUUCCUCUCAGCUGGGAGUGGGGUCUCUGCGGCUUCCUCUCAGCUGGGAGCGGGGUCCGCGCGGCUUCCUCUCAGCUGGGAGCGGGGUCCGCGCGGCGUCCU